AGCAACAGCAAACUGCAGCCAGCUGCCGGACAGAGGGCAGCUCCCGCUCCCCAGCAUGGCUCCCUUAGCUUGGGCCAUGUGCUGCCUCCUGGGGAGCCUCCUGCUCCAUGGGGGCAGCCCCAGCCCUGGUCCCAGCCCCAGUGUGCCUCGCCUGCGGCUCUCCUACAGAGACCUUCUGUCUGCCAACCGUUCUGCCAUCUUUCUGGGCUCCAGGGGCUUUCUGGACCUUCAGGCCAUGUACCUGGAUGAGUAUCGAGACCGCCUCUUUCUGGGAAGCUGUGAUGCCCUCUACUCUCUCAGGCUGGAUCAGGCAUGGCCAGACCCCCGGGAGGUCCUGUGGCCACCACAACCAGGACAGAGGGAGGAAUGUGUCCGAAAGGGGAGAGAUCGUUUGACGGAAUGUGCCAACUUCGUGCGGGUGUUGCAACCCCACAACCGGACUCACCUGCUGGCCUGUGGUACUGGGGCCUUCCAGCCCAUCUGCACCCUCAUCACUGUGGGGCAUCGUGGGGAGCAUGUGCUCCACCUGGAGCCCAGCCGAGUGGAAAAUGGAAGGGGGCGAUGCCCACAUGAGCCAAGCCGUCCCUUUGCCAGUAUCUUUGUAGGUGGGGAACUGUACACAGGCCUCACUGCUGAUUUCCUGGGGCGAGAGGCCAUGAUUUUCCGGAGUGGGAGUCUCCGACCAGCCCUACGUUCUGAUUCUGACCAGAGCCUUCUGCACGACCCCCGGUUUGUGAUGGCCGCACGGAUCCCUGACAACUCCGACCAAGAUGAUGACAAAGUAUACUUCUUCUUCUCCGAGACUAUCCCGUCACCAGAUGGUAGCCCAGGCCAUGUUACCAUCAGCCGUGUGGGCCGUGUCUGUGUGAAUGAUGCUGGUGGCCAGCGUGUGCUGGUGAACAAAUGGAGCACCUUCCUCAAGGCCAGGCUGGUCUGCUCUGUGCCCGGACCUGGGGGUGCUGAGACCUACUUUGACCAGCUGGAGGACGUGUUCCUACUGUGGCCCAAGACAGGGAAGAACCUCGAGGUGUAUGCACUGUUCAGCACCAUAAGUGCUGUGUUCCAGGGAUUUGCUGUCUGUGUGUACCACAUGACGGACAUUUGGGAGGUCUUCAAUGGUCCUUUUGCUCACCGGGAUGGCCCUCAGCACCAGUGGGGACCCUAUGGGGGCAAGGUGCCCUUCCCCCGCCCUGGUGUGUGCCCUAGCAAGAUGACCGCACAGCCAGGACGACCCUUUGGCAGCACUAAGGACUACCCAGAUGAGGUGCUGCAGUUUGUCCGAGCCCACCCACUCAUGUUCCACCCUGUGAGGCCUCGGCAUGGCCGUCCUGUCCUGGUCAAGACUCAUUUGGCCCAGCAGCUGCGUCAGAUAGUGGUGGACCGUGUGGAGGCUGAGGAUGGAACCUAUGAUGUCAUCUUCCUAGGGACUGACUCGGGUUCUGUGCUCAAAGUCAUUGCCCUCCAGGCAGGGAGUUUAGCUGAGCCUGAAGAGGUGGUUCUGGAAGAGCUCCAGGUGUUUAAGGUACCAACACCCGUCACUGAGAUGGAGAUCUCUGUCAAAAGGCAAACAUUGUAUGUAGGCUCUCCUCUGGGUGUGGCCAGGCUGCAGCUGCACCAGUGUGAGACUUACGGCAGUGCCUGUGCUGAGUGUUGCCUGGCCCGGGACCCAUACUGUGCCUGGGAUGGUGCCUCCUGUACCCGCUACCGCCCCAGCUUGGGCAAGCGUCGCUUCCGUCGCCAGGAUAUCCGUCAUGGCAACCCUGUUGUCCAGUGCCCGGGCCAGAACCAGAACCAAGACAAAGAGGCUUCAGGACUGGUGGCCACCAGAGUCUUUGGCACAGAACACAACAGUACCUUCCUUGAGUGCCUACCCAAGUCUCCCCAGGCUGCUGUGCGGUGGUUCUUACAGAGGCCAGGGGAUGAGGGGCCUGACCAGGUGAAGACAGAUGAGCGAGUGGUGCAAACAGAGCAAGGACUGCUGUUCCGCACGCUCAGCCGCCUUGAUGCGGGAACCUACACCUGCACCACGCUAGAGCAUGGCUUCUCCCAGACUGUGGUCCGUCUGGCCCUUGAGGUGAUUGUGGCAACACAACUGGAUAGCCUGUUUCCUCGGGAGCUUAGGCUGGAGGAGCCCUCCGCCUGGAGAGGUCUGGCCCCUGCCUCACCCAAGGCUUGGUAUAAGGACAUUCUGCAGCUCAUUGGUUUUGCCAACCUGCCCCGGGUGGAUGAGUACUGUGAGCGUGUGUGGUGCAGGGGCAUAGGGGAGCGCUCAGGAUCCUUCUGGAGCAGGGGAAAGCAGGCUAAAAGCAAGAACUGGGCAGGGCUGGACCUGGGCAAGAAGGUAAAGAGCCGGGUGCUGGCUGAGCACAAUCGGACGCCCCGAGAGGUGGAGGCCACAUAGAAGAGGACUGAGGAGGGGGUAGUCAGGCUGGGCUGGGGACCUCAACAGCAUAUCCCUCCCACCCAGGUAGGGCAGAGGGGGCCAGGGCUCCUGAUAACCUCUUAGAGAUGAAAAUCUCUACCACCUAUAGGAAAGACUGGGGGUCUUUGGGAGGGGCCUUGUGCCUAAGCCUGUUCCUGCCCUUCACUGAGCUCUCAGUCCCAUGCUGGAGCUGGCACCCUCUGACCACUUGCAACCCCAAGGGAUCUGCUAUUUGUUCUCUGGGAUGGCCUGGCUUCCGGAGCACAUUUCCAGUUGUGCCCAGAGGCAAGAGGGUUGGGUGGUUCUUUCCCAGCUUGCAGAACAAUGGCCAUUCUGAGUGACCCUCUGAGUGGGUGUGUGGGUGACUCUAAGGAGGUAUGUGGGCAGGAACUCUCAGGCCACCAGAGGAGGGGAAAGUAGCCUCCUAAUCUGGCGCCUGCUAAGAAGAGGCUGCCCUAACAGAGAUGGGAGAGAAGGUUGAGUUGAGAAGGUGGCACAGCAAUACUUACCUGCCUUCAUGCUCUGGUAGCUAGAUGUUUCCCUGCCUUGACUCACCACUUCUUCUGCAUCUUAGACUUAUAGAGGCAGGGUUUUCUGGGACCAAGGGGUCGACUGGCUCACUUUAUAAACCAGGAAAGUUGUCUUACAGACUGACACACCUUCCUCAGGUCCCAAACUGUCAGGCCAGGCUUGCUAUGGUACCCACACCUCAGCAUCAGGGUCUCUCUUGUUGAGGACCAGGAGAAGGUCUAGACCAGAGAGAAAGAAGGCAGCUGGAAGAUGGGAGUGUGAGGUGUGGGCUGCCUUUCCCAAAGCAAGAGAGGUAUCCCCAACUUUUUGAGGGUAGGGGUAUGGGCACUCGGAGAACUGUGUUCAGUAGUCAGGAUCAGCAUCCAGGGCUUUGUCCAGGGCCACAGGAAACUGCAGAGAUAGGGCCAUGGACCCAUGAGCAGGUAUCCUCAAGAAUCAAGGUGGCAUCAAUUAGUUCAGGAGACACUGGGCAGGCCAGAUGUUCCUAACCCUAGAAUCUCUAUUUUCUGCUUAUACAAAGGUUGGGCAUGAUGGUUCAUUUGCCAGAUCCCUUUUUUGUGGUACUUGGGAUUGAACCAAGGGUCUUUUGAAUGUUAGAUAAGUGCUGUACCACUGAGUUAUAUCCCAGCCCUCUUUUUUUCUUUUAUUGGACAAAAGUAGAGAAGAAAGCUGAUAAAAAUGGUAAAUCCUACUGUCCUUGAGAGGGAGGCUGAGUUGACAAGGAUACAUUUGACCUGGACUGUAGGGGAGGUGUUUCUGCCAUCAGCAGUCUCUCCAGCUGGGGAACAGAGAGGGGGAGGAGGACAAUUAAAUGAAAAGUUGUUCCCAGCCUGCGGCUGAACAAGUUAGUGACGCACAAGAUGGACAAGAGGGCAAGUUUGAGAUUCCCUCCUUUGAAAAACCAAGAUGAGAAAGGAAAGAAGGAGGGAAACAAAAAGCAAGACAGGGCUUCUUGUGUCACUGAAACUCAGACCUAAGGGCUUUGGGUUUAUUUCCUCUACCCUGGCACCCCCAGAGUACUAGGAUCUGAAAUAGUACCCCUUCUCCAUGCUAAUCAUCUGGCAGACAGAAGCACUGAAAUCCACCAAUCCAAACCUGGAGAAUCCUUCUGCCUGGGGAUGGGGUCCAUUGGGAUAAUGGCUGGUGGAAGCAGUGGGUGGGAGCUGCAGGAAAGAGAGGAAGUGGAGAUAGAAGAUGAAGGGGAUGGAAGAGACCCGGGGAAGCUGAAAAUGCCGGCACAGUCCUCAGUGGCCUUUGGACUGGGCCUGGGUUUGGCAAGCUCUAGGUAGAGUCCUCUGGGAAAGCGGCCCUGGAAAACAGAGAGAAAGAACUCAUGAUCUUGAACAAUGUACCCUACACUUGGGAAAAUAGGGACAGCUCCUGCCGACUGCCACCCUCCCCCAUGGUAGGUACUGUGUUAUUAGCUCCUGGAAAUACCCUGAUUUGUGAAUUGUAUUUGUGUUAGUGUUUUGACAUUGGCCUAGUGUCUUCUCUGUCUUCUAAUCAUACUUCUUGAAAUUGUAUUGAUAUUUGUUUUGACUGUCUUGGAGCUCUGGUGAGGAAACAGCCAACAAGGAAAGGGAUGAAGUUAGUAUUUAUAUCACAUAAUUAUAUCAUGACUGUGUCUAUGUAUUUCUGUACUAAAUGGAUGGGUGCUAGUUACAUGAACUGGAAAGGAAGAGUCUGCACUUUGUGUUCCCUGAAAUGAGGUCACCCUUCUUUCAUGUAGCAGAGAGGGCGAUGGGUAGCAGGGGAAGGAAGGAGACAAAGGGCUUUGCCUAUGAAGCUGAGACUGCUCAAUAAAUUAGCAAAAUCCUGUCCUGAGGGCUUGUAGAACUGACCUUCUUGGAACUUUAGAAGGAUUAUGAGGGGGCAGAAGCUGGCAAAGGGCAGCCAAGCAAGUAGGCAGCUCUGUUCCCUUUUCACUGCACUUGACAUUUGUAACAGUGCCACUUAGCCUGAUGUUGUCUUCAUAUCAAUGUACAUUAAGGCCACUGAGAUCAUGCCUCGCCUGGGCUGUAGCUUCUGGGGAGGAGGGGUGGUCCUGACAGUGAGCUACUGGGUAUGAUUGGAAGAUCUUCUGACCAUGGUCCCCAGUGACAU